CAAGUGGAAAGUGAGCAAUCAUGAAUCAUCACAGUCCUUAUUCAUUGUUCUAUUAGCUGACAACCGUUCAUGAAAAGUUGGGUUAGUUGCAUAUUCUGCCUGAGUCAGAUAUAUCCAUCAUUAUAAACUCUUCUCUCUCAGCUCAAUUAAUUGAUAGCCAGCAAGAUACCAAGCAAUAAUAUAACGGUAUUUAAGUGGCUAGCUACACUUCAUUUUUUGGUUUUGUUGUGAAAGAUGGCUGAUGCAGAUUUCGGGUUCCCAUCUGACAACGGAGUGCUGCCUGUCGAGGUGGACCCAGCAGCAGCUUUCUUAGCCCAGCAAGAAAGCGAAAUAGCGGUGAUAGAGAAUGACGAAGGACUCGGAGCUUUGGAGGGAUCCGCCGAGUUCCCCGAACAACCGCCGACAGCUGAUUCACCUGCUCCUGUAGAAUAUGAUGCCGGAUUUGCAGAGGCUUCAGCAGCCACGGUAAACGGAAACAUGUUUGUGCUGGAGUCCAACGGUCCAUCGGACAGCUAUGCGGCCAUCGCCCAGGUGGACUCUCUGKGAGCAGAGCCUGAGAGCCUGCGUAAGUGGAGGGAGGAGCAGAAGGCACGGCUGGAGCAACUAGACUCUGCGUCCAAGGCUGCGGAGGCUGAGUGGAAAGAGAAGGCCAAGAAAGAGCUGGACGACUGGCAUGUGCACCAGAAUGAACAGAUGGAGAAGAAAAAGGCCAACAACAAGUUAGUUCCUACCUAACUCUGUUUACUUCCUACAUGGUUCCCUCAACUAACAUAACAGGAAAUACAAGUAUAACAAUAUACUAAAUAUAUAUUAGGCUAAAUAUGCAUCUAAUGAAUCUGAAUUAAUAGUUAUCAGAAUCUAAGAUCAAUGUUAUAAGAAUGUGUGUUUCUGUGGUUAUUUCCUUGUUAUUUCAUGACAUCAGGAAAUGGGAUAUAUGAGCUUAGGCUUACAGACUUCCAAUAGACUGUCACACAAAAUUGACGUUAUUCAUGUACCUAAAAAGAUAUAUACAAUAAUGUGGACAGGAUUUCCUGGUUAAAUAUCCUCAACCUUUCUAGGGAGUUUUUCCUAGCCACCGUGCUUCUACACCUGCAUUGCUUGCUGUUUGGGGUUUUAG